AACAUUAUCACCUCAGUGGACACUGAAGAUUCUCCUUUAAAUUCUAUAGGUCCCUUAAUUGAGACUCAUUUAUUAUCGGAAAAUAAUCAAAUAUCUGGAAAAGCAUUGGAAUUAUUACUUGCCAUAUCUGAAAAAGCAGUUUCCGAAUAUCCACAUUUUAAAAAAGUUAUUUUAAACUCAAACCUACAUACAAAGGUAUUAGAUAUUUCAAUUAACUGUGAUAACAGUGAAUUAAAAUUAACUGCUCUGAAAUGUUUAAAACACUUAGUGAAAAUUACUCAAAUUUGGCAAACUAUGUCUUCCCGAAAGACUCUGGAUCAAUUAAUAGGAUUUCUUAAAAACGAAAGAACAGAUAGUUUGAGAGCCGCCUUAGUAUGUUUGGUAGCUUCAAUUUAUGAUGAAGAGUACUUCACACAUGAUCAAGUGAAUGAAUUGUAUAAUAUUAUGUCACAUCUUGGGGUAUAUGAUUAUGAGUUGAAUGUGAGAAUAAACGUACUUCGUUUUUGGGAAAGAGUUAUAGAGAAACUAUUAACUGAACAAGGUAUGAUUGAUAACGAAUUUCCAGAAGUUACUUUUUCAAAAGAUACACGAAAAAUUAUUAUACUGGAUGAUCGAGAAAUAUUAAAAAGAUUAAGAAAAAUAAUGAAUGAAUUAAGUGAAAUAGGAUGUCUAUUUGUUUUGUCUAGAAUUUCUAUUAGUAGCAAAAGAGAAGAAAAAGAUAUAUGUUGGAGUAUAAUUAAUAGGCUAUUGGAAAUAUUAAAAAAAUAUAAUGUGGGUAUCUAUAAUAUAGACCAAGAGAAAAGUCACUGCAAUAAGGAGAAACAAACUAGAAUACAAACAGAUUUUUAUGCAGAUACAGAAAUCGUUACUGCACGACAUUUUUUGGCAAAUGUAACGAAUGUUAAUUCAGAAGAUAUAGUAUCAAAAAAAGAGACAUAUUCUUUGGACGAACUUUUAGAUAAAGUAAUGCUUGAAUAUAAAAAUACAACUGACUGAUAGCUUUAUAUAAAUAGAAAAUUAUUAUUUAUUUGUUUGUUGUUUAAUAUUGACUCAAAUACUAUGUAAUUAGACAGUGGUGGUUGUCUUCAAUAUCUCAGAAAUAAUAAUCAAAAAAAUAUUAAUAAAGGUGAUUCUGAAAAACCACGAAUCAUACUUUUAAGUCCAGAAAUUGACACCGGGGUAAUACCACUGAUCUGAAAAAUCAAUUGUACCUGCUACUUUACUAUUUAAUUGUUAAUUUAAAACAUUAGAUUAAUAAUCUGACAGUACAACCCCCACUAUUUGACUACUCGAUAUAAAUUUAAAUAAAGUUUAUUU